AUGCAAGCAGGCAUACCUGACAAGAUAGCGUCUUCUGCACAGCUGAAUUUCAACCUGCAGGGUCUUCUGGAGCAGCUCAGCCAGGGUGAGUUGAGCAAGUUCAAGUCUCUGAUCAGAACAAUCUCCCUGGAAAGGAGUUACAGACGGUUACCCACGGAGGUAGACACGGCAGAGAUCUUCCCCAGCCACUGCCACAGCUACUGGGCAGGGAUGGCAGCCAUCCAGGUAUCUGAAAAGAUGAACUGAACAGAUCUGUCUGGGAGAGCAAAGGAUAAACUCAGAGAAGCAGCUUUGAAAUCAUUUUAUGAAAACAAGCCUCUAUCAUUUGGGAUAAUAUGGACAGAAGAACCGAAAUCUGUAGACCUGGAAGAAAUACUGGAGCGUUUUGAAGAGGAAGCACUAGAGUUCACAGAAAUAGAGAAAGAUGUCACGAACCUGGGGGAAGCUAAAGAAGUCUUGCAUGGAGAAAAGCCAGUCCAAGCACAGAAAUUCCUGUUAGUCAUCGUCGAUGGCUUUGAUGAGCUAAGAGUCCCACCUGGGGUGCUGAUCCAUAACAUCUGUGGGUACUGGGAGAAGCAGAAGCUGGUACCCAUCCUCUUGGGGAGUUUGCUGAAGAGGAAGAUGGACAGGAGGGGGUAUUUCCUGAGUUGGUUUGGAGAUGAGGACCAAGCUCUGGCCAUUGAGCUGAUGAGAAGCAACAGGGCCCUAUUCCAUCUGGGUUCAGUGCAUGCAGUGCACUGGGUGUGCAGGAGUCUGAAGCUGCAGAUGGAGAAGGGGAAGGGCCUGGCCCCCCUCUGCCACACCUACAUGGUGCUGUUCCUGUGCUUCCUCUGUGUCCAGUUUCCACAGGGCGCACAGCUUCAGGGCACUCUGUGGGCCCUGAGCCUCCUGGCUGUGCAGGGCCUGUGGGCACAGACAUCUGUGUUUGAUGGAGAACACCUGCGUAGGCUCAGGGUUCAAGAGUCCAACUCCUGUAGGUUCCUGGACAGAGACAUCCUCCACCAGGACAGAGGCUCUGAAGGCUGCUACUCCUUCCGCCACCUCACCUUCCAGCAGUUUCUGGCAGCACUAUUCUAUGUCUGGGAGAAGGAGGAGGAGGACAGGGACAGAUUCGCCUGGAUCAUUGGCCUUGGGCAGCUGUAUUCCAGAGAAGAAAGACUCAAAAACCCCAACCUGAUCCAAGCGGAACAUUUCUUCUUUGGCCUCUCCGACAAGAAGAGAGCCAAGGAAUUGGAGACCACUUUUGGCUGCCAGAUGUCACUGGAGAUAAAACAAAAAUUACUGAGAUGUGACAAGGAUAAACACUCAUCAGCUAUGGACCUGAAGGAGCUCUUGCACUUCUUAUAUGAAUCUCAGGAGGAAGAGCUGGCGAAGGGUAUGAUGGCACUAAAGAAAUACCCCUGCACUUAAAUGAAGUAGACAUGUGCAGUCUUCAUUCUGUCUCCAUUUUACAUGGAACAUGCACAUGUCACUUAACCUUGUUAUGUAUGAAAUAUCUGUAUUGCCUGUAUAGUGACAGAAAUAAAGGUGAAAUAAUUCCCCCCCGAAUAAAGAAAAGAUGCCUGACAAUAAUCAUUAGGGAAAGGCAAAUUAAAAACCACAGUGAGAUACCAAGUUAUAUCCACUAGGCUGGCUAGAAUAGAAAGUUAGAUAAUAACAAGUAUUGACACAGUUGUGGGAAAACUAGAACCCUCAGGUACUGCUUAUGGAAAUGUGAAAUUGUGCAGCCACUUUGGAAAACAGGAUGGCAAUUUCUCAAAUGAUAAACAGAGUUCUCAUGUAAUCUAAUAUUAUAUUUAUAAUUAUAUAAUCAAGAGAAAUACAAACAUAUGAACACAAAUGCUUAUAGUAUCAUUACAUACAAUAGCCAAAAGAUGGACACAACAUAAUGUCUAUGAAUGGACAAAUGAAUAAACAAAUUGUGGUAUAUACAGCUAAUAAAAUAUUAUUUAGACAAAAAUGAAGUAUUGAACACAUGCUUAAACAUGAAUGAACCUUGAAAACACUAUGCUAAAUGAAAGAAGCCUGUAAUAAAAGACAAAAUGUUAUAUGGUAACAUCAUGUAUUAUAUGAUUCGAUUCAUAGGAAAGUAAAAUGGCCAAAUUUUUAGAGUAGGAAAGUAGGUAAGUAGUUGCUUAGAACUGUGAGGGAGAAUUGGUGAGUAGCGGAAUAGGGAAUAAUAGCGAAAAUAUUUAGGAUUGCUUUUUGAGGUAAUGAGAAUAUUCUGAAAUCAAUUAUGGUGAUAGUGAUACAUAUCCGUGAAUAAGCUAAAACAUUUCAUUGCAUUCUUUAAAUGGCUGAAUUGUGUGAUAUAUGAAUUAUAUCUCAAUAAAUCUGUUAAAAUGCAAAUAAUAAGACCAUGGAUGUUUAUCAACUUUUCUUAUGUUUAAAGACCAUUAAUUUUUCCAUUCAAUGAACUAUUUAUUCAUACUCUUGACAAUUUUUCUUUUUUUAAAUUGCAUUUCUGUUUUGUUUGGCUUUUUCUCAUUGAUUCUAGGAACUCUUAUGUCUGAGAGAUUAGUUCUAUCUGGAUAUGAGUUGCAAUUUUGUUUUUUUCUUUUUGAGUUUGCUUAUGAUUUUCUCCAUAAUAGAAGAGUACAAUUUUAUAUAUGUGCAUUAAUCUAUCACUACUUUUAUGGCUUCUAGAUUAGAGUCAUAGGAAGACCUUUCCUAGUCCAAGGAAAUAAAAUAAUUAUCCUAUGGUUACUCCUGAUUCAUUUAUGGUUACAUUUUAAUAUUUGUCUUUAAACCUUUAUUUAGUCACUUUUCCUAACAAAGGUAUGAAGUAUGUAUCCUUCAUUCUUCUUUUCAGGCAGCCAGCCAGUGAUACUAGAACCUUUAUUGCAAACUCAUCUUUUCUCCACAGAUUUGAAGUGUAGGUAGCAAACUUCCUAAAAUAUCUGGCUUUUCUUCUUUUCUUUUCUUUCUUUCUUUUUUUUUUUUUUGAGAUGGAGUCUCGCUCUGUUGCCCGGGUUGGAGUGCAGUAGCACAAUCUUGGCUCACUGCAAA